AAUCAAAAUCUGCUACACCGGAUGUACACGAUUCUUUCAGCCUUGAUGCAAUGGAUGGUGAUCAUGAGGACUUGGAGCCGUCUUUGCGCAAUGUUAUUGAACAAAAUUCCCUGAAAUGGCUAUUUGUCGGUGGAAAAGGAGGUGUCGGUAAAACGACGACAAGUUGCUGCUUAGCCACACAGUUAGCUAAAGUCCGUGAAAGUGUUCUCAUAAUUUCAACCGAUCCAGCACAUAACAUCUCUGAUGCCUUCAGCCAGAAGUUUUCAAAAAUACCUUCUCUUGUGAAAGGUUUCAAAAACUUGUAUGCCAUGGAAAUAGACCCCAAUCUUGGAAUUUCAGAGUUGCCAGAUGAGUAUUUUGAGCAAGACAUGAUGAGUAUGGGGAAAGCAGUGGUUUCGGAGCUGCUCAGUGCUUUCCCAGGAAUUGAUGAAGCCAUGAGCUUUGCAGAAGUCAUGAAACUGGUGAAUGGCAUGAACUUUUCCUGUGUGGUUUUUGAUACGGCCCCCACAGGUCACACCCUUAGGUUGUUAUCAUUUCCCUCCGUCAUAGAGAAAGGUCUGGGUAAAAUCCUGAGACUGAAAAACAGAAUUGGACCAUUUGUAUCCCAGAUGGCAGGAGUCCUUGGGAUGCAGGAUGUGAACGCAGACAUGAUGUCCACAAAACUAGAUGAUAUGAUGGCCACAAUUAGACAAGUUAAUGAACAAUUUAAAAAUGCGGACCAAACUACCUUUAUCUGUGUGUGCAUAGCGGAGUUUUUAUCCCUGUACGAGACUGAACGACUGGUUCAGGAGCUGACACAGUAUGGAAUUGACACACACAACAUUGUUGUCAAUCAACUCCUGUUCCUAAAACAAGGGGAGGAGCCAUGUAAAUUAUGUAAAGCCAGGCACCGAAUUCAAGCCAAGUAUUUGGACCAGAUUGCAGAUUUAUAUGAAGAUUUCAAUGUGACCAAACUUCCCCUACAGGAAGAUGAAGUGAGGGGCGUGGAGAAAAUAAAGGACUUCUCUAAAUGCCUGCUAGAACCCUACAACCAUUGUUGACACCUUGUUUAUUUAUUUCAAUAAAAAGUAGAUGUUGUUA